AUGUCUGAAAACGAAAUUGAGUACCAGUACGCCAACGAAUGCGACUUGGAAAUCCACUGCUCGCCGUUUGGCCUCUCGGGUGUAUACAUGAAGGUGAAAGGAACCAACAUCAUGGGUAUUGGUUCCACCAUGGGUCUCAUAACAGGCACGUCGAAGGGGAUGAUUCAUUACAAUGAUAGCGCCGAUUUGCAAGACCAACGCUAUAAGCUUUUUGUUGUUGUGGAAGGGGACAACACGCUACGAAUAGAUUUCACCAAGAUCAUUGGGCUAUCAGGAGACGAGGGGGACAAAAUCACACAGGUAGAGCUUGGGAAAGAGGACGCUCAGCCGCUGCUCAUAUUCACGGGCCGGUGCCCGGAGGGGCGCCCAGAAAAGAUAGAUCCUUUUAUAGGGAUAUUCUCGUUCGAGAGGGAAGACAAGGCGUAG